AAGCAAGCAUGGCGGCAUACGCAGCGAUGAAGCCAGCUACGAAACCAGGGUUGGAGGAAACCCAGGAGUCGAUUCACAAGAUCCGCAUCACUCUUUCCUCCAAAAACGUCAAGAACCUCGAGAAAGUGUGUGCUGAUUUGGUUCGUGGUGCCAAGGACAAGAGGCUCAGGGUGAAGGGACCUGUGAGAAUGCCCACUAAGGUGCUUCACAUCACUACUAGGAAGACCCCUUGUGGUGAAGGAACAAACACCUGGGACAGAUUUGAGCUCCGUGUUCACAAGCGAGUGAUUGACCUCUUUAGCUCCCCUGAUGUGGUUAAGCAGAUCACCUCCAUCACUAUUGAACCUGGUGUCGAGGUUGAGGUUACAAUUGCAGAUUCUUAAACGAGCAUAUUCCAGUCCCUGUUCUAUUUAAGCGUCCUUCGUUUUUUCUUUUGAUGUCCGACAUGGGAUCUAGAUUUGUAGUAGAGCUUAACGUUUAAUUAUGUUUUUGCUAUACAAUUUUGAAGUCAGAAGGACGAGUUUGAUGUGAGGAGACAAGAAUUCUGAAUGCAUGCUUUUGUUUUAAAUUA